AUUCUCCUCAAGACCUUGGUCGAAAAUGAACGGCAGAAGGCAACUUGAAACCCGGCCCAUGCUGCACAGCAUUUCUCGGUUAUCAAAGAGGCAGGAAUGCAUGGCGGAGUGGUGGCCGCGUCAGGGAUUCACCCCGUGCUUCGUCAUCAUAGGUAAUGUCUAGACUCCUUUACACUGUCUGGAGUUUGCGGAUAAUUAAGAGGGGAUGAAAAAUUUGAUCAAUUCCCUUCCCUGAAGAAGCUGUCUUAGCGGCAAAAUAUACGCGAGUGUAAUGGUGAAACUGUUGCGAACUGGAAGGCCAUACCGCUACCGUUUCUAUUGAUGGGACAAAGUAGCCGUGAUCCGCUUUAAUCUACUGUUUGUUUGGUUCCAACCAUCUGUGUAAAUUCAAUAACGUGCCAUAAAAAAAGACGAUCUGUUAUACUAUAGUUGACGUUGUUUUGUGACCAGUGUGGCGGCGUGAACAGUUAUUUUUUUCAUCAUUUUCCACUCGUUGAAAGGUACGCCGGCGAACGCACAUCUCAUCCCGAAACAAUGUAAGGAGCCAAUCGUUGUGUAUAGGUUGUCUGUCUGAGUGGAUCUGAGAACGAACGAGGCCGGGUUUACGUAUGUAUCCUGCUGUAAUAGCGAGCAACAGAAUCCAAUAUAAUUAGUGGCAACGAUUAUAAUAACAAACAGAGGCAAAGCAGUAAGACAGCAGGCGAAAGUGUGCGAAUAACCGUGCGUAAGAGACGCUUUGUGUGAUGUAUAAAUAAACAGAACAUUGCUUGGUCAGCCAAUCCAGUGAGUAAAAGUCAGCCGGUAAACACAUACACACAUAGUGACCAAGCAAUGAGGCAGAGAUCUGGUCAAUAAAUAUAAUUGUUAUUAUAUUGCUUGCGUAUCUUGUGGCGUCCAUAGCGCUGUUAUUGAAUACAACAGCUGUGAACCAAUCUAUACAACGGGUAUUGUUGGCCUUACAGAUACUGGCGUUGAAGGGCAUUCUCUUAAGGAAUAGUAAUAAUACUAAGAAAUUGAUUCAUGUGCUUUGUGAUGAGACUUUAAUGAUACACAGUGUAUCUCGUAUCGUAAGUGACCGAAAUUAAGGAUGUUGUCGAUAUUUUUUGCGACGCGUGUACUGAUACCAGCAUUACGACAACGUACGUCAACACUCAUUGAUAACGAAUACUUCAGCUGUAGUCCACUACGAACCAGGACAUACGGAGCUACAGUGGAUAGACCUUUAAACACAGAUACCAUGAACCUCUGCAGCUCUACAUUUGUUUUAGGCUGAUGUCCCGCUACCUCUGGUUACAUCCAGUAAUUAAUGUACUAGUUCGAAUGGAACGUUCACCGACUACAAACUUUAUAUGCACACAUCGCUGCAGUUAUAAACCUGUACUCGUUAAAAACUUACAUUUUUCCUAUUUUCAAGGGCUCACUACAAUCCGCCUGCUAAAAGCUGUAACGACGAUGUCCAAAACAAAGGUCCCCAACCAACUGGAAAAAAUACGGAUUCUGACUGGAGUUUAGCGACGAUAAGUUCAGCAGGGGUGGCGAAGAAUGUGAAUUACUGACGAGUUCGGACUCCGCGGACCGUCACCGCGUAGGGCGGAUGGCUCGGCAAAAAUGCCUACCGUUUUGGGGCGAAAAUGGAGCUGUUCUGGCAUUGUACGUCUUCCUUUUGGCAGGUCUCGUUAACAAGAGUCGAGCUCUACUCGAACGUGACUUUGCCGACUGGAAACAGAGUGAACGCGUAAUACGAACUCUGUUCGGGAAAAUCCGAGGCCGGGUCGUUCUGCCCCAGGGACGCUUCCACGACAUAGCCCUGCAGCCGGUAGAGGUAUUCCUUGGUAUACCGUACGCGUCGCCUCCCGUCGGUUCGUUGCGUUUUUUACCGCCGAUGACACCAGCGCAUUGGGAGGGCGUUCGAGAAGCCGACCAUUGGGGUCCCAGCUGUCCUCAACCUCCGCCGGAGACGCCGCCUCAUUGGAGUCGACAGAGGCCUUAUUUCAGCAAAGAUGAAGACCGGGAACGUGUGCCAACCAAUCGCAGCUGGUCGCCUUGGCCACAGAUGGCGGACUUCCUUCAGGAUAACCAAAAUGAAGAUUGUCUGUAUCUCAACAUUUUUGCCCCGGCUUCCGUGGGGCGGACAGAACACGGGAAGUUGCCGGUGCUCGCAUUGGCCGCAGGUUCUUCCUUAGAGUGGGGCGGAGCCGCCCUUCUGGAUGCCACCGCAUUGGCAGCUGCAACGCACGCUCUAAUUGUCACCUUCAACUUUAGACUUGGCGUACUCGGGUUUUUUCCAGCAAUGGAUGAAGCAUCCAGGGCGAACAACGCUCUGCUUGAUCAGGUUGCAGCUCUACAUUGGAUUCAGCGCAAUAUCGACUUAUUUGGCGGAGACCAUACGAGAGUUACUCUUCUUGGUCACGGAAAAGUGUCAUCGCUCGCACACUUUCUAGCCAUGUACCCUUUUGCUAAAGAUCUGUUUCGCUCGGUGGCCCUCAUGUCCGGCUCUGCCCUAUCGCCAUGGUCGCUUUGUCAGUCUGUUAAUAUGCAGCGAUUUGCUACACAACUCGCUCAAAGUCUCUCGUGUCCAACUCGGCCAAGGGCCAUGGUGGAAUGCCUUCGACAUAAGAGCGCCGACGAGCUUGUCGAAAUGUCGCGGUUUCCAGACGAGGUACCCGAUUACCUUUGCGGGCCAUUUGGACCAGUCGUUGAUAACAGUGUGAUAUCAGCUGGGGGUAUUCGGACGGCUAUGUCGCAGUCGCCAUUUUCGGAUCACGAUCUUCUCUUAGGGGUAACUACGAGGGACGCAUUACCACUGUUCUCCGUGGAGGAACGCCGAGACGGGAUAGAGGCUAUUUUAAAAGAGCGGCUCAUUCGAACGCUUGUUAGAAAUACCUAUGACUACCACCAACAGGAAAUUUUCCUGACGAUUGCGAACGAGUACACGGAUUGGAGUCGCAGUACGCCGACACAUCACGAUAUUCUAUCUGAGGCAGCGGCUGCUUUAGCGGACGGGACCGUGGUAGCACCCAUGAUCGAAACAGGCGUCCUGCAUUCACAGGCUGUACAGAUCACUCGAUCGCGGGCCUCAACGCACUUAUUAGUAUUCGCUCCUCCGAGUGAGCCGGGCUGUACUUCACGGACGUCUCCUUCAACCAAAGCGAGCCCCACCUGUAGCCCGGUAGCCUCGGACGCGCUUCCCCGCGAUCUACUCUAUCUUCUUGGCUUACCACUUCGUACGACGCAGAGUGUCUUGUACCCUGAAUUCUCUCGUCAGGAGGCCAAGAUUUCACAGGCGUUCGCCCAUUACCUGAGAAAUUUUCUCCGCGACGGCGACCCUAAUGGGCCUUCGCACACUGGAAUGGCUCACCACCAGGGACGCGGUAAGGAUAAGCAGGAGCCUGUUGCGUGGCCACAGUUUGAGCCUAUUCAUAAAAUGCACCUGGUACUGGCGGAUGGCGCCGCCCGCACUGGCAGUCACUGGGAUGCUCAUCGACUGUCCAUCUGGAACCGCUUACUGCCGGCGCUGCAUAGGCCGACUCGAGGCCUUGGCGCCCAGGCCGGUAGUGGCGUGGCACAAGCGUCUCUUUCCCCACUUCAAUCACAAGCCCAGCUGCAACAUCAAUUGCUUGAAGAUUUCGACAAUCCGGCUUCGUUUGCCGGUAGCAUACGUAAUAUCUCGUUUCUACUCCAUCCGGUGACGGCUAUCGGGCAACAGCACGUGUCUCAGCCAGGAAAAGCCGAUUCAUCCCGGGGAGGAUCGCUAGUUUCGGCCGUCAACAACCUAGACGAUACCGAAAUUAGCGGUCGACAAGAUACAUCUUCAAAGAAGAAUCUUCAAAGUCAGCCAGGAUCUUCGGAGCAAUCCGGCGUCACUCUUGAAAGUGCCAGCUCGCCGUUCAACGCCUUGGCGACACUUACUAGCGGCCCAUAUUCAAGACCAUUAUUGACAGUAUUAGUGGUCGGCUGCUCGUUGCUUGUGGUAAACCUAUUGGUUUUUGUGGGAACGUUCUGCCAACAUCGGGAAAGGGGCGCUGCAGCAGGAGACGUCAAAAGUUCAAAGCAGAUGGGCGCAAAAAAAAUAGCAGGCACCCUCAAAACGGGUGGGACCGAUGCCAGUCCGUCGGAACAUACAGCAUCGGCCAAGGCGUCCAUAAAGGAGGAGGAUGUUUGUCUACAGAAGACAAUCCUGCAGAAAGAUGCAGCCAUGCUAUUUCUUCAGGAAGCAACGCCUAAUGGCUCUCCGGCCGCACUGCAUCAGGCGCAAGCGAAUAUCGAUCUAAACGAUGACAGUAUUCUAUCUGAUGUGGCCAAUUCAAGUUCAGCCAUUCUCGGACCCGUUGAACUUGAAGCUUGCUUCCUGUAUCAGUUACCACCAGACUUCGUCUCGGCCAGGUUACCUCAUGGCCAUCGGGGAAGUAUCAGCGGUCGAUCUUUCACGGUCAUGGACGGCGUUCGGAAAUUGGCCGCAAUAGAAGUGAACAGUAGUCCCCCUAUAGGGGUGGGUGCAUGCCACGUGCCCAAUGUCGUCCCUCUAGGAACAAUCGGCCAGGCCCCUGCAACACCAGUAGGGCGUACACCGCAGAUCAACCCUCAGGGCCAACAGCAGGCGACCCAAGGCGGCCUCCUGGCGGCGAUUCCGCCCACGACGCCGCAGCUACCUCGAAGUCACCAGGCGGCUACCGGCAACGUCCUGCCUCAGCCAGACGUCGCUGUCACGUCGUCGACAGCUCAAUCUGUCACAGCCACAAUGACUCUGGCGAGGCACUCUAUGGCUCACCAGUUUGAAACACAUCAACAAUCCAGUGCGAAGGAAUCCGGAGGCCGAUCUUCAUUUAAAGGCGGCGAAGAAACCACCGUGUAAUAUUCUGUACAUAUAAUAAAUGAGUAGUAGCUACGUAACAUAAUGAUAAGAGUAAUUAUCUGGGACUGGAAGGAAUGAUGAAUAGGAAGAAUACACAUAUAGAGAAGUAUAGAAAAUCAUUAAGAGCAAGAGGAUCCAAAUGCGGUGUAACAUGUAAGUGUGUGAAAUAUUGGCCAAUCGGUACCAGCGAGAGGUAAACGGCUGAUCGGCAGAAAAAAUCGAGCUGAACGAAGACCAGUGAUGCAGCGGACGACGAGUAACAUUGACUCUGUCAUCACUUAUCUUGAAUAUAAACAUUUCAUAUGUGAACAUGCUAGUUUUCUUUCUUCGUUUGUCCAACUUAGGUACGAGGUCCGUCAGUUAAAGACGAUUAAUAGGGACCUGUUUUUAAGCAGUUAAUAGUCCUACUUGUUUCAUCACAGUUAUCACGGUGAU